GCCGGGCAGCGGGAGGCCCGUUCCAACUUGUGCAGCUACGGAGGCCGGCUCUCUGGGUGUGCCACCCACUACCUGACAAAUGAGCUGCACCAGAAUGAUUCAGGUUCUAGAUCCACGACCUUUGACAAGCUCAGUCAUGCCAGUAGAUGUGGCCAUGAGGUUCUGCUUGGCUCAUUCUCCACCUCUGAAGAGUUUUCUGGGCCCUUACAGUGACUUCCAACGAAGAAAUUUUGUAAACAAAUUAAAGCCUCUGAAACCGUGCCUCAAUAUAAAACAGGAAGCAGAUUGGAAGCAUUCUCACAACCAAGCUAAAAAGAGAGUGGUGUUUGCUGACUCCAAGGGCCUCUCUCUCACUGCCACACACAUCUUCUCUGAUGUCCCAGAAGAACCAGCCUGGGAUCUUCAGUUUGAUCUCUUAGACCUUAAUGAUAUCUCUUCUGGCCUAAAACUCCAUGAAGAGAAAAACUUGAUUUUAGAUUUUCCUCAACCAUCUGCUGAUUACUUAAAUUUUCGGAACCACUUUCAGAAGAAUUUUGUCGGCCUUGAGAAUUGCUCUUUGCAAGAGCGCACAGUGACUGGGACUGUAAAAGUGAAAAAUAUAAGCUUUGAGAAGAAAGUUCAGGUCCGCAUCACAUUUGAUAGUUGGAAAAGCUACACUGAUGUGGACUGUGUCUACAUGAAAAAUGUGUAUGGUGGCUCAGAGAGUGAUACUUUCUCAUUUGCCAUCGACUUACCCUCUAUCAUUCCAACCGAGGAAACAAUUGAAUUCUGCAUUUCUUACCAUGCUAAUGGGCAGAUCUUCUGGGACAACAACGGAGGUCAGAAUUAUAGAAUUGUUCAUGUGCAAUGGAAACCGGAUGGAGUGCAGACACAGAUGGCAGCUCAAGACUCUAUGUUUCAACAGGUGCCCCCCAAGACUGAGUAUGAGUCGAUGGUCUUUGGCAGUCCAAGGCUGGCCAGUGGGCUCUUCCCAGAAUGGCAGAGUUGGGGCAAGAUGGAGAACUUAGCUCCUUACAGAUGAAUUAAGUCACAUGGUGACUGUUUUGAUCCAUUAUACUAUAUACAUAGUGCUAGGUCCAUAUUGCUCAAUAUUAGGAAGUCUUUGCUACUUUCAUUCCAUAGGGUAGAUUUGAGCUUUUGAGACCUGCCUACAUAAAAGAUAGUCACUUGAGAAUUUAGUACAGAAAUUUGUAUUGAUGACACUGCCGAAAUUGCCCUUGAGGAUCAAAUAAAACAGGACUUUUUUUUUUUUCUCCUUUCCUCUCUAUUCUCUAGCUUUUAUGUUGGGCAAAGGACAGAUUGAGGAAUGGCAAUUGAUGGUGAUAGAAUGCUGUGCUAAUGGUAUGUGGAAUGUCUGAAAAGUGUAUAUAAAGGCUCUGCAACUCAAGGCAGAGUAAGAAUGGGAGCUCUGAUACUUAAAUGUUGGUGAGAAAAUGUGAGGAUUGUUCGUGUUUAUUAAGUUGGUGUUGCAUUUUAUCCUGGGGAAAUAAUUUGUAAAAGGAGAAAGAUUUUUCUAUUGUGCAAAGAAAAAUUUCAGAUUAUGGGUGAUAUCAUGGGAAGGGAAAUUAUAACUCUGGAGAAUAAAGACGUUAAGUGAA